GUCGUGAUGUCGACUUGUCGAGAUUAUCAUACCUGUGUAUCAUUUACUGUGAGGGUUGGAUAAAAAUUAAGGAAAGAACACAUAUUCAAACAUAUUCUUUCAAUUUUGUACAAUGCAGCAUCAGUAUUGGGUCACUAAGAAGAGUGUACUUCGAAAACUUGGAGGUAAAGAGGAUGAUUGCAUUAUAUCUUCAGAUGCAGAGUUGGAUGCAAAACUAGAAUUGUUUAAGUCUAUAAACGAAAGCUGUAGCAAACUACAGCGUGUUAUAGAUCUGUACCAAGAACGCCUAUGCUAUUUGGCUCAGGAAGAAAAUACCCUUGGCAGAUAUUUAAAAGAUUGUGGUAAAAAUGAAAAAAAUGCUUCUGCUGGGCAAAUAAUGUCAGUUGCUGGAAAAGCUCUAGCAUAUACUGGCCACCAAAGAUUAACAAUCAGACCAUCAUUAGUCAGGUUGCACCAUGAAGUGGAUACUUUUAGGGCAAGGGCUAUUACAGAUACACGUGUAACAGUAGUGGAAAUGGAGAAAGCUAGAACUGAAUAUAGAGCUGCUCUCAGUUGGAUGAAAUCUGUGUCUUCACAAUUAGAUCCUGAUUCAGGACAUGGAUUGGAGAAAUUUAGGAAAGCUCAGUCCUAUGUAAAAACAUCUAAAGUAAAAUUUGAUAGGUACACCUUAGCAUGCCUUCAGAAAGUAGAUUUACUAGCAGCUGCAAGGUGUAAUAUGUUUUCACAUGCUCUAGUCCCAUAUCAAAAGGCUAUAGUUAAUUUUUCAACCAAAGCUUCUGACACUUUGAGCACAGCAGCUGCUAAGUUAGAGAGUGUUCAGCCACUUGAUAAUUCUGCUUUCUUGGAGUUGGUGAUUCCAUCUGAGGCUGAUAAGGAUAAAAAAACAUUUUUCAAUGCUGACUAUACUGAUGAAACUAUUGCCAGCAAAAAUGAGGACCAAGAAGACAAAACUAAAAGCUGUAAAGAACCAGAAGCGGAAGGAAUAUCAAAUUUGCUUGAAGGAAACUUUGCUCCACCACCUCUGCAACAAGAAUUACUGUCUCCAAAAUCUGAUGAAACCAAACCAAGUGCUGCUUUACUAGAUCUGAAUUGGUCCAUGAAUUCCGAUUUCCUUGGAGGAGACUUCAUGCCAUCCAAGCUCAUGCAAGAAGGAUCUUUUGACUUUUUAAGUCCACCAGCAGUUAACAUGGAAACUCCAGAAACUGAUGAUAAAAAUAUUCCUAAAGCAUCGACGACUGAAAAUCAGGUUUCCUGGCUCAGUUUGUUUGCGGAAUUGGACCCCCUUGCAAAUUCCUCUAUUGAUGAGAAAUUUGCAGGGGAUAGAGCAUAACAACCAUAUUCGUAUAUCAAAUCUCAACACUUCAUCUCAUAUUAUAUUUUUCGACUAUGGCUGUAAUUUUUACCAAAGAUUUUCGAAUAUUUUAAUCCCAACAUUCCUUUUAACUAAAUUAAAUAACUAUUAAUUAUUUUAUUAUAUUUUAUCCUUUGAGUGAAUAAGUGAAAUAUACUAUAUACUGAGUUC